AUGGCUCAAGGGAUCCCUGGGGCUCCAGGGCUGCCGGCUCAGCACCCAGCCCGGCCGGUCCAGAGGAUCCCAGACAGCACCAAGCAGCACANAGCCCGCCUGAGUGCCACCUCCACCUGUGGGCUGGAUGGGCCCCAGGAGUACUGCAUCGUCAGCCACCUCCAGGAGGAGAAAAAGUGCUUCAUCUGCGACUCCCGGCGGCCCUACGAUGCCCGCACCAACACCAACAGCCACCGCAUCCAGAAUGUGGUCACCAGCUUUGCCCCCCGCCCCAAGAAAGCCUGGUGGCAGUCAGAGAACGGUGUGGAGCAUGUCAGCAUCCAGCUGGACCUGGAGGCCGAGUUCCACUUCACCCACCUCAUCAUGACCUUCAAGACGUUCCGGCCCGCGGCCAUGCUGGUGGAGCGCUCAGCUGACUUUGGGCACACCUGGAAGGUGUAUCGCUACUUCGCCUAUGACUGCGCUGCUUCCUUUCCCCACGUGCCCCACGGGCCCCCGCGCCGCAUCGAUGAUGUCGUCUGCGAGUCCCGCUAUUCUGACAUCGAGCCCUCCACUGAGGGGGAGGUCAUCUACCGGGUGCUGGACCCUGCCAUUCCCAUCCGGGACCCCUACAGCCCUGCCAUCCAAAACCUGCUGCGUGUCACCAACCUGCGGGUGAACCUCACCAAGCUGCACACCCUGGGGGACAACCUGCUGGACUCUCGGCGGGAGAUCCGGGAGAAGUACUACUACGCGCUCUACGAGCUGGUGAUGCGCGGGAACUGCUUCUGCUACGGGCACGCCUCUGAGUGCGCCCCGCUCAGCGGGGCCCCUGCCACCACCGAUGGCAUGGUGCACGGGCGCUGUGUCUGCAAACACCACACGCAGGGGCUGAACUGCGAGCGCUGCGACGAUUUCUACCAAGACCUGCCCUGGCGCCCGGCCGAGGGCUCCAGCACCAACGCCUGUCGCCGCUGUGACUGCAACGAGCACUCACGGCGGUGCCACUUUGACAUGGCCGUGUUCCUGGCCACGGGGAACACCAGUGGGGGUGUGUGUGAUGGCUGCCAGCACAACACCAUGGGCCGUCGCUGCCACCUCUGCAAGCCCUUCUACUACAAGGACCCCACCAAGGACCUGCGGGACCCCGCGGUGUGCCGAGCUUGUGACUGUGACCCUGAGGGUUCUCUGGAUGGUGGGCUGUGUGAUGGUGCUGAUGACCCAGCCAGGGGCCUGAUUGCGGGGCAGUGCCGCUGCAAGGAGCACGUUGGUGGUCCCCGCUGUGACCGCUGCAAGCCCGGCUUCUUCGGCCUCAGCGCCGACAACCCGCAAGGCUGCCGGAGGUGCCACUGUGACCCCCGUGGCACGGUGGCUGAUGGCAGCCGGUGUGACCCUGUCAGUGGGGAGUGCUUCUGCAAGCGACUGGUGACCGGGCGCAGCUGCAACCAGUGCCUGCCCGAGCACUGGGGACUGAGCCACGACCUCCCGGGCUGCCGGCCCUGUGACUGUGAUGUGGGAGGUGCUCGCAACAACCUGUGUGCCAUGGGGACAGGGCAGUGCCAGUGCCGCAGCCAUGUGAUAGGACGACAGUGUGAGCAGGUGGAGACCGGUUUUUACCGCAUCAACCUGGAUCAUUACACCUAUGAGGCGGAGGAUGCACGGCUGCAUCAGGGCUCAGUGGUGGAACGUGAGCCGCCCCCAGACCGUCCAGCUUCCUGGACAGGGACAGGCUUUGCCCGCAUGUUGGAAGGUGGCUGGGUGGAGUUCCACGUGAGUGAUGUGCCUUUCUCCACCGAGUACGAUGUGGUCAUCCGCUAUGAGCCACAGCACCCAGAGGCCUGGCAGGAGGUGAGGCUGAAGGUGCUGCGCCCCAGCCCUGUCUCCGCCAGCAGCCCUUGUGGAAACACCAUCCCUGCCGAUGACCAGCUCUCCACCAGCCUCCCCUCUGGUGCCAGGUAUGUGGUGCUGUCCCAGCCCAUCUGUCUGGAGCAGGGUGUCUCCUACACGCUCCGCCUGGAACUGGGCUGUGCUGCUGCUCAUCAGGAUCCCACUGCCAGUGUGCUCAUCGAUUCGCUGGUGCUCCUGCCCCGUUACUCCUCACUGGAGAUGUUCAUUGCGGGUGACCCCAGCUCCAUGGAGCGCCGGGAAACCUUUGAGCGGUACCACUGUGCCCAGCCCUUCCACGCUGCAGGGCCCUCACCUGUGGCUGAGCCUUGCUCCAGCCUCUUGCACAGCCUCUCGGCCAUCCUGCAUGACGGGGCGCUGCCCUGCCUCUGCGAUCCCCAGGGCUCGCUCAGUGCCGAGUGCCAGCCCCAGGGCGGGCAGUGCCAGUGCAAACCCAAUGUCAUGGGACGGCGCUGUCACCGCUGUUCUCCGGGAACCUUUGGCUUUGGGCCCGGCGGGUGCCGACCAUGCCAGUGCAGCCAUGAGGGUUCAGUGAGCACCAUCUGUGACAGCACCACCGGGCAGUGCCCCUGCCGUGAAGGCACCCACGGUCCACGUUGUGACCGCUGCCAGCCCGGCCACUGGGGCUUCCCUGUGUGCCGACCCUGCCAGUGCAACGGGCACGCCGAGAGCUGUGACCCUCGCACAGGCAGCUGCCUGCGCUGCCGUGACCACACGGAUGGGGAAAGGUGCCAGAGGUGUGCAGCCGGACACUUUGGGAACCCAGCGCUUGGCUCCGGGCAGCACUGCCGGCCCUGCCCCUGUCCUGAGGGGCCCAGCACCCCCCGCCACUUCGCUGCCUCCUGCUACCAAGACAGCCACUCCCAGCAGGUCAUCUGCCACUGCAGCCCUGGGUACACAGGUUCCCGCUGUGAUGAGUGUGCCCCUGGGUACUAUGGGGACCCUCUGCAGGGUGGGCGCUGCCUGCCCUGCCAGUGCCACGAUAACAUCGACGUGACGGACCCGGAGGCGUGUGACCGGCGCACAGGGCAGUGCCUGCGCUGCCUCUACAACACCGCAGGGCCCCACUGCGCCGAGUGCCAGCCUGGCUUCUACGGGGAUGCCACACGACACAGCUGCAGGCGUUGCUCCUGCAACCCCCUGGGCACUGAUGCCAGCACCUGUGGGCCGCAGCAGUGCCACUGUGACAGGCAGAGUGGGCAAUGCCACUGCCUGCCCCAUGUGGAGGGCCAGAGCUGUGACCGCUGCAGCCCCAACUACUGGAACCUGGCCAGCGGGCAAGGCUGCCAGCCUUGUGACUGCCACCCCCAGCACUCCCUGUCACCCACCUGCAACCAGUUCACAGGGCAGUGCUCCUGCCGGCCAGGCUUUGGCGGCCGGACUUGCACGGACUGCCAGGAGCAGCACUGGGGUGACCCGCGGCAGCAGUGCCGAGCCUGCGACUGUGACCCCCGUGGCAUAGCCAGUGCCCAGUGCCACCGCAGCAGCGGCCACUGCGACUGCCGGCCUGGCAUCUCUGGAGUCCGCUGUGACCAGUGUGCCCGGGGGUUUUCUGGUACCUUCCCUGCCUGCCAGCCCUGCCACCCCUGCUUCGGGGACUGGGACCGUGUGGUGCAGGAUCUGGCUGCCCGUACCCGAGCGCUGGCAGAGCGGGCCAGGCUCCUGCAGCACACCGGGGCUGCCGGCGCCUUUGAGGGCACCUUCCGGCAGCUGGAGGAGAAACUGGCCGCUGUACGUGACGUGGUGGCCACCCGCAACACCACUGCUGCCACCGCUGCCCACCUGACACACACCAUGGAGGGGCUGCGGCACCAGAUCGAGGAGGCAACUGAGAGGCUGACACGGGUGGAAGGGGAGCUGACAGCUGCUCAGGAUGCCAACUUCAAUGCCAGCCACGUGCUGAACACUGUGGACCGGGGCGCCCGCGCCCUCAACCAUAGCCUGCAGGACUUGGAACAGCGGCUACACACCCUCAAGACUUCCAAUUUCCUUGGGAUGGCUUCAACCGGCACAACGCAGCCAGUCGGCGGGCACUGAUGGACCUGGCAGCCAGGGCACAGGCGCUGAGCCUGCAGCCGCUCAACGAGAAGGUCUGCGGUGUGGUGGGAGAUGUGCCCUGUGCUGAGAGCCCUUGUGGGGGUGCUGGGUGCCAGGAUGAGGACGGGGGACGACGCUGUGGUGGUCUGAGCUGUGGUGGAGCCGUGUCCAAGGCUGACAGUGCUCUGGACCGGGCACGCCAUGCCCAGGAGGAGCUGCGUCAGGCUGCCAGCGACAUGGCCCAGCUCUCUCACAAGGUGGCAGAGGCCAAGGGGAAGGCAGACGAGGCCCGGUUGCGAGCGCAGGCAGCCCUGGACAAGGCAAACCAGACCAGGGCCCGUGUGGAGAGCUCCAACAAGGAGCUGAGGGAGCUCAUCAGCCAUGUCAAGGCCUUCCUGAGCCAGGAGGGGGCUGAUCCUGAGAGCAUUGAGGUGGUAGCCAGUCGGGUACUGGAGCUGUCACUCCCCGCUGCACCGGACCAGAUCCACCGCCUGGCCGAUGAGAUCAAGACGCGGGUGCGCAGCCUGGCCAGCGUGGAUGCCAUCCUGGAGCAGACAGCCAGUGACGUGCAGCAGGCUGGGCAGCUGCUGCAGGAUGCCCAGCGGGCUAGGGCUCGGGCAGAGGCAGUGCGGGGCACGGCUGAGGCCGUGCGGCAGGCGCUGGAGGAGGCACGGCAAGCCCAGGGCAUGGCUGAGCGGGCGCUGCAGCAGGCUGCCGGUGACAUCCAGCACAGUGAGAGUGCCCUUGGCACGAUGCAGACCCAGACAGGAAGUGCAGAGCAGCAGCUGGCAGGUGCCAUGGAGCAGAUCGGGCUCCUGGACAGGCAGACUGAUGCCCUGAAGGUGAAACGUGCAAACAACAGCCUGGCAGCCACGCGUGCCCAGGAGGCAGCCAGCAUUGCGCGGGACCGGGGGCUGAACGUGCUGCCCGUGUGA